CGCGAGAGAGAGAGACAGACCCCAGCUUCGAGUCCUCCAGACGUUUUCAUUGGCCAGCCCUCUCUACAAAUCCAACUCCAGCAACUUCCCCAGAACAGACUAACAAAUCAUAACCGCAUGUAUUUUACCAUCAUAAACGCUUUUGCACUAUCCCAUACAUUGGUGCAAGUGUUGAAGAUUAAAGUUUUGUCGGUAUUUUUAUUCGAAUAUAUCCAAAGCGACAGUUACUUUUGAUUGUUUACAUUACAGGAUUUCGAGAGAGCUAUUUUAUUCAAGGAAAGAACUGGACAAAGAACAUUCUACUCCGGCACACAAUCGAGAACAUUCAGCGGCAGAAUCGAGACGUCGAGAAAAAGAACCAAUAAACAACCAAGGACAUCUAACGGGCCAUACCCAAUUUUCAACAUUUUCUCCAACUUUACCCCCCAGUCCAACAUUAGCAUGAUGUCGUAUCUCAAGCAACCACCUUACACAGUCAAUGGACUGAGCUUAACGACCUCCGGAAUGGACCUUCUGCAUCCAUCCGUGGGCUACCCAGCGACGCCCCGCAAGCAGAGACGAGAAAGGACGACUUUCACACGCGCCCAACUUGACGUUUUAGAGGCACUGUUCGGCAAAACUCGAUAUCCUGAUAUAUUCAUGCGCGAGGAGGUAGCACUGAAAAUCAAUCUGCCAGAGUCUCGUGUACAGGUUUGGUUUAAGAACCGAAGGGCAAAGUGCCGCCAGCAACAACAGCAGCAGCAGAACGGGGGGCAGAACAAAGUGCGACCAGCCAAAAAGAAGAGUUCUCCAGCCAGGGAAGCGAGCUCUGAGAGCGGGGCGAGUGGCCAGUUCACACCGCCCUCAAGUACUACUUCAGUCCCUUCCAUAUCAACCAGCACCGCACCGGUAUCUAUUUGGAGUCCAGCUUCCAUCUCUCCACUGGCUGACCCUCUUUCUACAUCCUCCUCCUGCAUGCAAAGAUCCUACCCAAUGACCUACACACAGGCCUCGGGAUACAGCCAAGGCUAUGCCGGAUCAACGUCAUACUUCGGCGGAAUGGACUGCGGUUCUUACCUUACACCCAUGCACCACCAGUUGUCUGGCCCCGGGACGACACUCAGUCCUAUGAGCACCAACGCCGUCACAAGCCAUCUGAACCAGUCCCCUGCAUCCCUCUCCACUCAGGGCUACGGAGCCUCGGGGCUAGGCUUCAACUCCACGGCGGACUGCUUGGAUUAUAAGGACCAAGCGGCAUCCUGGAAGCUGAAUUUCAAUGCCGAUUGCUUGGAUUAUAAAGACCAGACUUCAUCGUGGAAGUUCCAAGUCCUGUGAAAAGAACAAUAUGGCUAUGUAAACUAUUCAAACGAUGAUAAUGAUGAUAAAUCAAACAUAUAGCCCUGCCAUCCUUCAAUAAGAUAUAUCCGUAAAAGACUGAUUAUUCGUGUCGCCGGUAAGGAACUUCGAGAGAGAAAGGGAGAGGGGGGGG